UACGACAUUGGGUUAGUCUUGUGUGGCUUGUUGUAAGUACGGUACGGCCGCUUGUAGAAAGUGAAAUGUGAAUAUUUUUACUUUUUAAAACCAAACUAAAAUUCCGAUAAGACUGAACCAGUGUACACUUUUUUACGUUGUAGGAUAGAGUUUGUUUACUAAAUACAGUGUUUUGUGCAUUUAAAGGAUAAUAAAAACAAAUUUGUAACGAUGUGGAAAAUAUCAUUCCUGUUUAUUAUAUUACCUCUUAUUGUUAAUGGUGCUUCCGACAACAAUAAUGUUCAAAUGACAAGAACAUCUAUAAAAGUAGCCAGAAAUCUGGAUCCUGAUGCCAUGGAAACGUUGGAAGUGAAAACUCGAACGGGAGACAUCGCUACCAUAGUUGUAAAGAAACGUGAUAGCAGACAACAAUUUACAGAAUCAGCACCCAAACCAAACUUACAGUUGGUAUCAAUGAGUAACGAAAAUACACCUAAAGUACCAGAUCCUGUCGUCAUACGGUCAGAUUCAGUUUAUGUUAAAAAUCAAAAAGACGAAGAAAAAAAAUCCCGAAGUCUUUUUCAUGUGGAUUCCGACGGCAUACCUGUCAUUACCGGAGUUCGAGAACCCGAUGAUGAAAAUGACACUCAGGUUUGGAGAAACGCAAGAGUUAUUAACGGUAUUUUAGUUCCAAAUACAAAUAAAACUAACCAACAUGUGGUAAAAGAAGAGUAUAAGCCAGUUUCUCCAAUGUUCAACGGCGUUUGGCAGGUGUACAGAAAAAAACCUGAGCCAGAAAAGGCUCAACCUAUUUUAAACAAUGAACAGCAACAUUUUACGGCACAACGAGAUUCGUAUGACGAAAAAUAUAUGACAGACAAGAUCCUUGGGUACAUAAAAAAUAUAAACGGAAACAUUUUAGGCAAUGACCGUACAUCCAGGAUGUUGGAGCCGGAGCCAAAAAUGGAAGCUCGUGUGUUACAUGCACCAAGUAUAAGUGUUUUCCCAAAUUCUGCCGCCUAUUCACCAAAAACAGUAUCAAGGUUGUCGUUCGAAGAGAGUGCAAGGACCCCCGUACUACAGUAUGCUCAUCCAGAGUUGGGCGUCCAAGUGGCAAAAUAUGAACCACCUGUUCCUGUUCCUGUUCCUGCAGAGGAAACCCAAAGAGACGGUAGAAGACAACAAGCACUUUCAUAUUUUGGGCAUGAUAUUCAUGCGGAUAGGAGUCCUUACGCAUUUGAGCCUGGCUUAGAAAAAGAAUCUAGAGUUAAACUUCCUAAGAAAUACUCUCCGCAUUAUAGCUUACCCGAAAAACAGGGGAAAUAUGUCCCUAGUUAUUAUACUAACGAUGAAGCAUCGUUUUGGACCCUAAUGAAGAAUAAAAUGAAAACAAGUUUCGAUAAGAUGUCUGAUUUAACAAGACCCGUAGUCGAUCCAUUAGUGGAAGCUACACAUAAAAUAACAGGAAAUUUAGGUUUCGGAAACGGAAACCGCGAACUCACUAAUGUGGUCAAAGAAAAGCUUGGUAUGGUAGCCACGCCAUCGAUCUUGUUACCUGCACUGGGUCUGGUAGCCGGAGGAGCAGCUUUAGGACUAGGUGCAGUAGCAGUAGGAAGGUACCUCGAUUAUGACGUGGUAAGAAUGAGAAAUAAUGAUGAUAUAAUUGAGUUCCAACGAUCAUUAAAUGGAUCAUAUCAACCAAUUUUAAUCCAACCGGCACAAAUAGAAAACAAAACAACUAAAAAUGAAAGAGAAGCUGAACCUAUAAGUAGAAAUAGAAGGUCGUUGUAUUAUAAAAAUGGAAGACCAUAUACAAAUCGUAAACUUAGGAAAGUUAAAUUAACUCUAAAAACACUAUAGUAACUUACACUAUUCCUCGUAACUUUUAUAAUAGUAAAUGAUUAAAUAGUUAAAUAUGUAUAAGAAUAAAAUGUAGUAUAAGCCAUUAAAUUUAGUUAUGUUUAAAUAUAACAGUUGGUACCUAAGUAAUAUUAAAUUUAAAUAGUGGUCAUAAUAAGUAUUUAAGAGAUAUAUAUUACAUUAUUUGAGAUGGGUUAAUUAUAUAUAAAUAACUUAUUUAUUCAUCUGCAAAAAUGUAUUAUCCUAUAUUAAUAUUUAUAAUAUGCAGACAUAUUAAUGUAUACUUUACUGAUUGUUAAUUAUUGUUAUAUUUUGUACUUAAGACCUUAUGGGGCUUAUACUAAUUUAUUAUAUAAUAUAUUGGUAAAACUGUAAUAAAUUUCAUAUUUUAAUCACCACAAAUCUAUAAAAUAUAAAAAGCCAAAUUUAAUCGUAGGUACCUAGGUAAUUUUAAUUUUUAAGCGACUUAUUAUAAUAGGUUAUUACUGAUUGUAUUUAUAUUAUAUUUAAAUAUAUUUAAUUAAAAACACAUUUUGUUAGUUUUACUUUGUAUAUUUUUAAAUUUAAAUUUAUUGUAAUUCAAACAUUUAAUAAAGCUAAUCUAUCAUGAUAGUUAUGUGAAAACUGUUCAACCUUUAAUUUAAGUAAAUUAUAUACAUACAACGAAAGUAAUAUUUAUUCACAGAGGAUGUUACUUUUUCCUUUUUAGUUUAUUUUAACUAUAUUGUAUGCUUAAUGCAUGUAUAGAGCAAGGUUUACAGGCUACAGAAAUUAUAGCAAUAGCUGCAGUUCAGUUUAAACGUAACUUUUUAAAAAUAGCAAUGUACCUAAAUAACAUAUAGGUACUUAAUAAGUAUUUGAUUUAGGUAUUAUUUCUAUAUUACUUAAAUUUUUAAUAAAAAUCAGAUGUUGUUGUUGUAUUACUACUGACAAAAAAAAAAUAUAAUGUAUUUAAUCUAAUAUAAAAUUUAAAUAAUUAAUUGAAUACAAAUGAUGAUUUAAAAA